AUGGCCGAGGCAAACAUGAGCGUACGCUCAAACCACAGCAGCCACGACACAAUAGUCAACGACCAAACCGAGAAGAAAACCACUGAAUCUCCCGAAUCUUCAUCCGAAAAUGAAGAAACAACUCGUCGUCACUCUAUAGUCCGCGACUUAGCCCGCCAAUACACAAACACAUCCCAGCACAACGCCGACCUCUUCAACGCCUCAUCCGCCACAUCCCCUCUGAACCCACACUCCGAAAACUUCAACGCGCGAGCAUGGGCAAAGGCAGUCUCCAAUACCAUGCGCGAGAAUGGUUCUGGCUUUCGUCAGUCCGGUAUUUGUUUCCAGGACAUGAACGUCUUUGGAUACGGCGCUGAGACAGACUACCAAAAGGAUGUUGGAAACGUCUGGUUAGGUCUUCCGAGUAUGGCGCGCGAUAUACUCAAGCCUAAUGCUGGAAAGAGAAGGAUUGAUAUCCUGAGCGGUUUCGACGGUGUUAUCAACGCGGGUGAAAUGUGUGUUGUCCUAGGUCCGCCAGGAUCAGGAUGUUCCACCUUCCUCAAAUCAGUUUCGGGAGAAACGAACGGUAUCUACGUGGAUGAUAGCACGUACUUCAACUACAACGGCAUAACAGCACACGAAAUGCACAAAUACCACAAGGGCGAAACAAUCUACACCGCAGAAGUAGACGUUCACUUCCCCAUGCUUUCCGUUGGCGACACCCUCACUUUCGCCGCCCGCGCACGUUGUCCUCAGAAUUUACCACCAGGUAUCAAGCAUAACGAGUACAGCGAUCACAUGCGCGACGUGGUAAUGGCCAUGUACGGUAUUUCCCACACGGUUAAUACCCAAGUUGGCGAUAACUACAUCCGCGGCGUGUCAGGCGGAGAACGAAAGCGUGUUACAAUCGCUGAAGCGACUCUCUCAAACGCCCCGUUCCAAUGCUGGGAUAAUUCAACGCGUGGUUUGGAUUCUGCGAAUGCGAUUGAGUUUUGUAAGACGUUGCGUCUUCAAUCUGAGUUGUUCGGUCAAACUUGUGCUGUGUCGAUUUAUCAAGCUCCCCAGACAGCAUACGAUCUCUUCGACAAGGCACUCGUUAUUUACGAAGGUCGUCAGAUUUUCUUUGGACCAGCUGACGAAGCGAAAGCUUAUUUCAUCAAUCUUGGCUUCGAAUGUCCCGAUCGUCAAACUACUCCUGACUUCCUCACUUCAAUGACCGCACCAGCUGAACGAGUCGUUCGUCCAGGCUUUGAGAACAAAGUCCCGCGUACACCCGACGAAUUUGCUGCUCGAUGGAAGGAGUCUCGAGAAUAUCAGAUUGUCCAAAAUGAGAUCGAGUCUUACAAGGCUUUGUAUCCUCUCAAUGGAUCUUCUGCUGAUGCCUUCCGUGAGAACAAGAAAUCUGCUCAAGCCAAGGGUCAACGACUCAAGUCCCCGUUUACCUUGUCGUACAUGCAACAAGUAAACCUCUGUCUGUGGCGCGGCUGGAAACGACUCAAGGGUUCGCCGGGCGUGACGAUCUUUGCACUGAUAGCAAAUACAUGCACAGCUCUCAUCGCCUCAUCGCUCUUCUACAACAUGCAGCCCACGACGGGCGACUUCUUCAAACGCGGCGCCGUUCUCUUCCUUGCAGUUCUAUCCAACGCUUUUGCUUCCGCCCUGGAAAUUCUCACCCAGUACGCUCAACGACCUAUCGUUGAGAAACAUGCUCGGUAUGCUUUCUACCAUGCUAGUGCUGAGAGCUUUGCUUCUAUUCUGGUGGAUAUGCCUUAUAAGAUUAGUAACAGUAUUUUGUUCAACGUCACUCUUUAUUUCAUGACGAACUUGAACAGAGAUGCUGGGGCUUUCUUUUUCUAUCUUCUUGUUUCGUUCAUUAUGGUUUUGGCUAUGUCUGGUAUUUUCAGAUCCAUUGCCUCGCUCUCUCGAACCCUCUCGCAAGCAAUGGUUCCCGCGUCUCUGCUCAUCCUCGCCCUGGUCAUCUUCGCCGGCUUCGUUGUUCCAGUUGACUACAUGCUCGGCUGGUGUCGCUGGAUCAACUAUCUCGACCCUGUAGCCUACGCCUUCGAGUCCCUCAUGGUCAACGAAUUCUCCGGUCGCAACUUUACUUGCACGGCAUUCGUUCCCAACCCGGCUAUCCCAGGUUAUGCAGACGUCGGCGCCUUCAAUCGUGCUUGCUCAACAGUCGGUGCUGUCCCAGGUCAAGACUUUGUCAACGGCGAUGCGUAUCUCAAUUCCGAGUACAAGUACUUCCACGCUCACAAGUGGCGCAACGUCGGUAUUCUCAUCGCUAUGACCAUCUUCAACCACAUCGUCUACAUCGUUGCGACCGAGUACAUUUCUGCCAAGAAGUCCAAGGGCGAAGUUCUUGUGUUCCGUCACGGCCACAUGCCUGCCAAGACCAAGUCCGACCCCGAGGCUUCAGCAUCCACGCCCACACCCCUCACCGAGAAGACCAACAACGAGAAUGCCAACAUUCAGGGUUCUACUAGUGUCUUCCACUGGAACAACGUCUGCUACGACAUCAAGAUCAAGAGCGAACCGCGCCGCAUUCUCGAUAACGUCGACGGUUGGGUGAAACCUGGAACACUGACUGCCCUCAUGGGUGUAUCCGGCGCUGGAAAGACGACUCUCCUCGACUGUCUCGCCGAUCGUAUCUCAAUGGGCGUUAUCACCGGUGAAAUGCUCGUCGAUGGAAAAAUCCGCGAUGAUUCCUUCCAGCGCAAGACAGGCUAUGUGCAACAACAAGAUCUCCACCUCGAAACAAGCACCGUUCGCGAAGCCCUUACUUUCUCCGCUCUUCUUCGUCAACCAGCCUCCACCCCACGAGCUGAGAAGAUUGCGUACGUUGAUGAAGUUAUCAAACUGCUCGACAUGCAAGACUACGCAGACGCAGUAGUCGGCGUCCUAGGCGAAGGUCUCAACGUGGAACAGCGCAAACGGUUGACAAUCGGCGUCGAACUAGCGGCCAAACCUCCCCUUCUUCUCUUCGUCGACGAACCCACUUCCGGCUUGGACAGUCAAACAUCAUGGGCCAUUCUCGACUUGCUUGAAAAGCUUUCCAAGGCAGGACAGUCUAUCUUGUGUACCAUCCAUCAACCCUCCGCGAUGCUCUUCCAGCGCUUUGACCGUCUUCUCUUCCUAGCCAAGGGCGGACGAACAAUUUACUUUGGCGACAUUGGUAAAAACUCCGAAACCCUUACGAAUUACUUUGAGAAGAACGGCAGUGAGCCUUGUCCCAAGGGUGAGAAUCCUGCUGAGUGGAUGUUGGAAGUCAUUGGUGCAGCACCUGGUUCGCACACUGAGAUCGACUGGCAUCAGACCUGGCGCGAGAGCCCAGAGUAUGCUGCCGUUCAAACCGAGCUUCAACGUCUCAAGGCCGAAGGUUCUUCCAACGCUGUGUCUCGCACCGACGAUCCUGAGUCUUAUCGUGAAUUUGCCGCACCGUUUGGUGAGCAGUUACGUAUUGCGACCACGCGUGUUUUCCAGCAGUAUUGGCGUACGCCUUCAUAUAUUUACUCCAAGGCAGCUUUGUGUAUUCAGGUUGGCUUGUUUAUCGGUCUUGUUUUUCUCAAUGCGCCCUUGACGUUGAGAGGAUUGCAGAAUCAGAUGUUUGCUAUUUUCCAGGUUCUUACGGUCUUUGGUCAACUCGUUCAGAUGCAGAUGCCUCACUUUGUUACUCAACGAUCCCUCUACGAAGUCCGCGAACGACCCUCCAAGACAUACUCCUGGAAAGUUUUCAUGCUCUCCCAAAUCAUGGCUGAAAUCCCCUGGAACUCGAUCAUGUCGGUCUUCAUGUUCGUCUGCAUCUACUACCCCGUCGGCUUCAACAAGAACGCCGCCCUCGCAGGCCAAGGAGCCGAGCGUGGAGGUCUGAUGUGGCUUCUCUUCUGGCAAUUCCUCGUCUUCACGUGUACCUUUGCGCAUGCCAUCAUCGCAGUCACCGACACGGCUGAAGCAGGCGGUAAUCUCGCAAACCUCUUUUUCAUGCUUUGCUUGUUCUUCUGCGGUGUUCUCGCGACACCAGACAACAUGCCUGGCUUUUGGAUCUUCAUGUAUCGCGUUUCGCCAUUCACGUAUCUCGUGUCUGCUAUUUUGAGCACUGGGCUGGCGAACGUGGAAGUUACUUGUGCAUCGAACGAGUAUACCGUCUUCGAUCCCCCGAGUAACUCUACCUGCGGUGAAUAUCUCAGCGACUACGUCAAGGCAGCUGGUGGCUACAUUCUCAACCCUGAUGCGACGAGCGACUGCAACUUUUGCACCAUCAAGGAUACGAAUGUCUAUCUCAAGGCAUUGAGCUCAAGUUAUGAUAAUCGUUGGAGGGACUUUGGUAUUGGAAUGGUGUAUAUCGUUGUCAACAUUGUUGGAGCGCUGUUUCUGUAUUGGCUUGUUCGUAUGCCUAAGAACAAGAACAAGAAGAAGCAGUAG